AUGUUGCAUAUUGCAGAGCAACCCCAGUGUGGAUUUCCACAAGAUCCACAACUGAAACCAGAAAGACAACAACCUCAAACCUCAUCAGAGAUCAUUGCAGCUGCUGCAACACAGGCAUUAUCAGAAUUUGAAGAGCAAACAAGGGAAGCAUUGGAAGAACUAAAUAAAGAACUUAAUCAGCAUAUCAACCAAUUCCCAGAUGUAUUGCGAAAGACGGUUACAUUGCGAGAGUUUCUAACAAAGUACGAUGGUAAAGUGGAGCGAUACAUCAGUCUGACUCGGCUUGACAAUCAAGUGUCGACUGAGAAAACGGAACCCAAGCCCUUCAAGCCUAGAAUAUCCGUUGUAAUUGAAAAGCACAUAUCGCUUCGGGAAAGUCUUGAUCAAGCUGCUUUCUCAGUAGAUCAGAGUGAGAAAGAUGCUGCUAUUACAAAUACCAAAGAGUCUGCUGAAUCAGAAUCAAACUCACCCAUCAAAAAAGCCGCUCGAGAAUUGAGAUCAAAGACUGUAGCUCGGAAACUACCGACUAGACACAAGAAAGCUGGCAAUGUUGAUACGAAUGCAAUUGUGCCAGAUCUUGACAAACUAGUAAAGUCGUCGGCUAAAGCUGCAAAUAAUGCAUCUAAAACAAAAUCAGCAUUGCCAAAUGGUACAGAUUUUGCUGGCUUGAAUUCAUUAGAGUCUACAGCCACUAGCCCGGAUGCAAGAUCGGCAUCCCGUUUACAAAAAUCAAGCACCUCCAAUUAUCAGAUGGAUGAAACUGAAAGUGAGACUGAACGACCUAGGAAAAAACUGGGUCGCCCUGCAAAGGCAUCCAUUUCUACUGCAUCUUCACACACCAAGGUUCCUGCUACACCAUCAAUCAGUCGAAUGCUUCCGCAAACCCCCUCAACGCGACUGCGUCGAGUAAAGGCGGGCGAGCAACUCAUGUCAGUAAAUGGAUCUCCCGUUAUAGAUCAAUACAAUGCAUCACAUAGCGAACUGAAUGACACCAACUGGCGGAACUCCAUUUCUUCUGCACGGCGCAUCACUUUGAGAAGCAGCAUGUCACUCACAUCAAAUGAACUCGCCAAAUCUUUUGAGCCAACAUCAUCACAACAUCGUACCUUGUGGAAAAAGAAAGCAAAAGUUACCACAAAAUCCAAAGCGGGUUCCAAAAAAAAAGUAGUUAAUUUGGAAGAUGAUUUUGACCCUGCAAAUCAAAACCCACUUUUGGUGAUGAAGCUGGACGAUGGGACUGUGGUUGACUUUGAUGCUGCAGUGUCGGGUACACUUCUUAAUCAGCAGUUAGCAGAUUCGCAACGUCGAGAGGUUGCUGAUCAAAUCCGGAACGUGCAGUCGCAGCUAUCCAACUUGCUAGAUUCCAUGGGUAUUGAAUAG